AUGGCCGACGGAAUCGACCGCAAUGCUGACGACAAGAUGGAGUUUAGCACCUCCAAGGAGGUGACGGUGGCGCCUACCUUCGAGGCCAUGCACCUGAAAGAGAACCUGCUGCGCGGCAUCUACGCCUAUGGCUACGAAUCGCCCUCAGCUGUGCAGUCGCGUGCUAUUGUGCAAGUCUGCAAGGGCCGCGACACCAUCGCCCAGGCCCAGUCCGGCACGGGAAAGACGGCCACCUUCUCCAUCUCCAUCCUCCAGGUCAUCGACACGGCGGUACGCGAGACGCAGGCGCUCGUCCUUUCCCCUACGCGUGAACUCGCGACACAGAUCCAGUCCGUCAUCAUGGGCCUCGGCGACUACAUGAACGUGCAAUGCCAUGCUUGCAUUGGUGGAACGAACGUCGGCGAGGACAUCCGCAAGCUCGACUACGGCCAGCACGUGGUAUCAGGAACUCCAGGACGUGUCGCUGAUAUGAUCCGCCGCCGCAACCUGCGCACGCGCAACAUCAAAAUGCUCGUCCUCGACGAGGCCGACGAGCUGCUCAAUCGCGGUUUCCGUGAGCAGAUCUAUGAUGUCUACCGCUACCUCCCGCCCGCCACACAAGUUGUCGUCGUCUCAGCUACCCUCCCCUACGAUGUUCUGGAGAUGACGACCAAAUUCAUGACGGAUCCGGUGCGCAUCCUGGUAAAGCGUGACGAGUUGACCCUCGAGGGCCUCAAGCAGUACUUCAUUGCCAUUGAAAAGGAGGAGUGGAAAUUUGACACACUCUGCGAUCUCUACGACACACUCACCAUUACACAAGCCGUUAUCUUCUGCAACACGCGCCGCAAGGUCGACUGGCUUACAGACAAGAUGCGCGAGGCUAACUUCACCGUGUCUUCAAUGCAUGGCGAUAUGCCGCAGAGAGAACGCGACAGCAUUAUGCAGGACUUCCGCCAGGCCAACUCGCGCGUCUUAAUCUCGACAGACGUCUGGGCGCGUGGAAUUGAUGUCCAGCAAGUCUCACUCGUUAUCAACUACGACCUUCCCUCAAAUCGUGAGAACUAUAUCCACAGAAUUGGUCGAAGUGGUCGGUUUGGACGCAAGGGCGUCGCCAUCAACUUUGUCACCCAAGACGACGUUCGCAUUCUUCGCGACAUUGAGCUGUACUAUUCCACUCAGAUUGAUGAGAUGCCCAUGAACGUCGCUGAUCUUUUGGCGUAA